AUGUCCGACUCAAGCUAUUCCCGCUCCCCCAGCCGCGAUUCCAACGACUCCUCCUCCCCUCCGCCCCUCUCCCCAAACGCUCAGCUUGAGCUCGCCCUCGCCAGCAGGUCCAGCCGCGCAGUCCUCGCGCACUGUCUCGGUCUCUCAAGCCUCGACGGCGUGCCACCCUCCGCCAAGAACAUGAUCGUCGUCAACUUUGACACCGAGAACUGGGAGUGCAAGCAGAGCGCGCUAACCGAGAUCGGCGUGUCCACGUUUGACUCUCGCGACAUGCGCGCACUGGCAGGUCCGGGUAUGCAUGGUGAGGACCUGCUGAAGCAGGUGUACUUCUACCAUGCGCGUAUUCUCGAAAAUGCGCACUUGUUGAACUUGAAGUGGUGUCCUGGAGAUCCUGAAGCCAACCGCUUCGGCACUACCCGUUUCCUCACCAAGUCCGAGGCCAAGGAAAUGCUCACCGCCAUGUUCCAAUGGCCUGUCGACGAUACCGAUGCUUCGAAGGGCUUCUGUCCCGUUGUUGUCAUGGGCCAUGCUCUGUCUGGCGACAUGUCCAUGCUGAACUCCACGCUGGGCUUCAACGCCAUGGCUCUGGGUACUGUCGUCAAGGUCAUCGACACCCAGUACCUGGCCAAGGAGUGUAAAUACGAUUCCUGGGGCGGCAAUAAGAUCGGGCUUAGUACCCUCGUUGGCAUGUGCGGCUUCUCUUAUCGCAAUGCCCAUACCGCUAGCAACGACGCGGCUAUGACGCUCAUUGCUGCUGUCCAGAUGGUGCUGCCUCCCGAGUUCAAGCCCGAGGACGGCCGUAAUCUGCAGGAGGUCAUUGAUACCAUCGAGUUGCUUAGUCAGCAACAACAGUGGGGCUGGGGCAGUGACCUCUUUUGUCUCCGCUGUGGCAAGUAUGGCCAUACCAAGAGGAAUUAUCAAGGCAAGCUUUGCUACGCAAAGGUCAAGUGUGACCACUGUGCCUCUUCCCAGUCAGACAAGCGCAAGCAGGCCAAGGGUACUCAUAUGACUGAGCGUUGCAUCUCGUAUGCUAUGAAAGGUCCUGAGGUCUCCUCGAUCGAGAAAGUCGCCAAUGCGGUGGCUGCGCUUGAUCUUGCAGAUUUCUAG